ACGGAUGGGUCAAAUUGGUUUGACCUGAUCAGGCAGCCAAUCCUUGCCAUUCAAGAACUCGGGCACAUCUCCGUUAGUGCUCUUGCCGGUCUCAGCAACGGAUGAAUUUUUGGCUGUGUGCGGCGGUGAUGCGGCUCUGGUAGCCCUUCACACACGAUGGCACAGAAGGGAUGCAGCAGAUUUUCUUCCAGGCAAUCCCAAAAACGGAGCUGAGUGUCUCAUUCUACCACUCUGCAAAGCCAAGGCCUUCCCUGACAUGUGGUCUUUCUUUAGGCAUGUUGAAUUUAACGCGUUACGCAGUUGCGACUGCACUCAUCAUCGGAUCCAGGCCUGCGCACGCCAACGUGGUCCAACGUACAUACCAGACGCCUGUCGAGGUUGAAGGCAAGGGGUGGCGUCACAUGAAUGAUUUGUUCUGCGAGGACAAUGGCCACUCCGUGCAAGAGUGCCACCACAAUGCUAAGGGCGCAAAUUUUAGAAAAUCAGGUAGCAAACCUAUCUCUCGUUGCCCUGCCGCAGUGCCCCCUCGUGUCUCGCCCAUCCAAUCUCCUGGCAGUCCGUCUGAUGUCUAGAACAAUCUCAGCAAUCAGUUGCAGUUUGACAGGUUCGACGAGGAAUGCCUAACUGCUUGAUACCGAGACAGCUGCAGCAACCCACUGCCCUGAUCUCCUGUUUUGUUUGAAGCCGAACUCUAUAGAGCAGGCUGCGUAAAAGUAUCGGUUGGUAGCAAAGUCGAGAUUCUACGUGCCAAGGAUUUGCUAGCGCGAAAUAUAAAGUUGCCGCCGGCCUCGGGAGACACU